CUUUUAAAUUUGCAAACCACCCGAAAAUCUUUAUUUUUGACAUCACUUUCCUAUAUUUUGAUGUUUUGUGUGUUUUUAAAUAUUUUUUUGAAAAGUCCGUCGUGUUUAACGGUGUGACAAUCACAUAGAACAUCAGCUGACAGAUGACAUAAACGUCAGUGGGCCAGUCUAGUUUUGUCCGUGACCGAGUUGGUUUGGUUUGGUGCUGUGGUGCUUAGAGGGGGUAAUUUUGGAAGCACGUGCUUUAUGAUGUUGAAUAUCUUCUGAAGAUACCCUAGAAGAUUAUAACAUAUACUGCGUUCAGUUUCAGAUUACUGUAGGAUUUAUUGUGUAUUUUUUUAACACUACAUAAUUGUCCAUAAUGGCACUUGGUGCAUCGUCCGACGAAGUAAAGUGCCAGUCAGAAGUGAACAAUUCAGGGUGUGAAAAUCAGAAAGCAAAUAAAAGUGAAAAUGCGGAAGAAAAACCGGCAGGAUCAGCAGAAAUAUCAAAUGAUGUUGCUUUAAAUGAACAUGACCAACAAACAGAUAAUAAGGCAGCCAAAGAUGAAGAGGAAAAAGAAAAAGAUGAGGCAGAAGAUGGUAAAAAUAAAGAUGAAGUAGUGUUUAUUCAGGAUAUUGGAUUUUCUGUGAAAAUCGUCAGUCCUGGUGCAGAGCCAUUUGAUAUCCAAGUUUCUAGUAUGGAGUUGGUUCAGGAAAUCCACCAACUUCUAAUGGACCGGGAAGACACCUGCCAUCGCACAUGUUUUUCACUCCAGUUGGAUGGAAACACAUUGGACAACUUUGCAGAACUGAAGAACAUUGAAGGACUGAAAGAAGGCAGUGUUAUAAAGGUGGUAGAGGAACCAUACACGAUGCGCGAGGCCCGCAUACAUGUCAGACAUGUUAGGGAUCUGCUUAAGUCCUUGGAUCCUGCUGAUGCAUAUAAUGGUGUUGAAUGCAAUUCACUCAGCUUCCUCAAUACCUUCACUAUGGGAGAUCUUGUUGAGAAAAAGAAAAUGCGCCCAGAAAGCGUGGAUUGUACCCCACCUGAUUACAUAAUGCCAGACAGUAAAGAUCGUCCAUUGACAGCACUACAACCCCAAUCUAAAGAUCAGAAAGUACCACAGUGUGUCAAGGUUUUAACUACUUCUGCAUGGAAUCCUCCACCAGGAUACAGAAAAAUCCACGGUGAUCUGAUGUAUUUGUAUGUUGUUACCUUAGAAGAUAAACAUUAUCACAUAUCAGCAUGCUCCAGAGGAUUUUAUAUUAACCAGUCCACGGCAGAGGAGUUUAACCCCAAACCAGCAACUCCCAGCCAUCUGUGUCACUCUUUGAUAGAACUGUUGAACCAAAUAUCGCCGCAGUUCAAGCGUAACUUUGCAACAUUGCAAAAGAAGAGAGGGCAGAGGCAUCCCUUUGAAAGAGUCGCCACUCCAUAUCAAGUCUAUGCUUGGACUGCCCCUAUGAUCGAACAUACAUUGGAUGCUAUCAGAGCAGAGGACACAUUCUCAUCCAAAUUGGGCUAUGAAGAACAUAUACCUGGUCAAACUAGAGACUGGAAUGAAGAGCUUCAAACUACGAGAGAGCUGCCUAGAAAAACACUUCCAGAAAGAUUGUUACGGGAACGAGCGAUCUUCAAAGUACACAGUGACUUCGUAGCAGCCGCGACCCGUGGAGCAAUGGCCGUUAUCGACGGCAACGUGAUGGCCAUCAAUCCUGGCGAAGAGGCCAAGAUGCAGAUGUUCAUCUGGAAUAACAUUUUCUUCUCCCUAGGCUUUGAUGUCCGUGACCACUACAAAGAGCUGGGAGGAGACGCAGCGGCCUUCGUGGCACCUCGAAAUGAUUUACAGGGCGUGCGCGUAUACAGUGCCGUCGAUCUACCUGGGCUUUACACGCUGGGGACAGUAGUGAUCGACUACCGAGGGUACAGAGUGACGGCACAGUCUAUCAUCCCUGGAAUCUUAGAAAGGGAACAGGAACAAUCUGUAGUGUAUGGUAGCAUCGAUUUUGGGAAGACUGUUCUAUCGCAUCCGAAGUAUUUGGACUUGUUGAAUAAAGCCGGUCAGCAGCUGAAAAUAAUGCCACAUCAUGUUCUAAAUGAUAAAGAUGAACCAGUAGAAUUAUGUUCAAGUGUUGAAUGCAAGGGAAUCAUCGGAAAUGAUGGCAGGCACUACAUUUUAGAUCUGUUGCGAACUUUCCCACCAGAUGUCAAUUUUCUACCUCUGGAAGGCGAGGAACUAAGCAGAGAAGUAAAACUGCUGGGUUUCCCAAUCGAGCACAAGCACAAACUGUGCUGCCUGCGUCAAGAGCUGAUCGACAGCUUCGUGGACUCCCGCUACAUGAUGUUCAUCAAGUACGCGGCGUACCAUCUUCAACAGCUUAAUCUGCGCAAGACCGAAGAGAAGAUGAAGCAACAGGCAGUCGAUGCGGCCGCUGCUGAAGACAAUAAGACGGAGGAAGAAAAAGAGAAGAAGGCUGAGGAGGACAAGGAUGAGGAGAACAGCAAGGAUAAGGAGAGCGAGAAGGAGGUAUCCAAGAGUCAGAUGGAGGAUGCUGAGGCGAAGAAGAUUGUUGAGAGUAUAACGGACGGCAGCAAGUUGGAAUUGGAAGAAAGUACAAAGAACAUAGUGAAAACGGCAGCCAUGGCAGUGGGUUCUCUGAAGGAUACAGAGUUUGACAUUAGGUUCAAUCCAGAUGUGUACUCUCCUGGAAUUAAACACUCCGAGAACUUGGAUCCUUCUAUAUCAAAACAAAGACAGCUGGUGAAAGAUGCAGCCGAAUUUUUGUUGACAAUACAGAUACCUACAUUCAUUCGAGACUGCUUAGACCAUUCAGCCGCGCCGAUGGACGGUAGCACUUUAUCUGAAGCUUUGCACAAUCGUGGUAUCAAUAUAAGGUACCUGGGCAAAGUAACGAAUCUCUUGGUCAAAGUGAAGAAACUCGAAUAUUUACACAGCAUCGCUGUUAGCGAGCUUAUACUCAGGGCAGCUAAACACAUAUUUAUUACAUACUUACAGGGUGUCGAUAUGAUGAACUUGUCAGUGGCCAUAGCACAUUUCUUGAACUGUUUCCUGUACUCUGGUACUGUGUCGAAUCCUCUUCAAGGCCAAGAUGAGUUUCAGAGUAGAAACAACAAAAAGAAAAACAAACGACGUGGUAGAGUAAACCCUUUAGCGUGCAGUGACAAUAACGAAUGGGCGAAUCUCACACCAAAAAGUCUUUGGAAUCAGUUGAAAUGUGAAUUAAAGUCCUACUUCGAUUAUGAUUUGCAGGCGAAUGAUAUAGAAUCUGCGAUAGACACGUAUGGGUUGCAAAAGAUAUCUUUGUUGAGGUCUUUCUGCAUAAAAACAGGUAUACAAAUUCUACUUAGGGACUAUAACCUAGAAUCCAAAAAUAAACUUAUCUUCUAUGAAGAAGACAUACUGAAUAUCUUCCCCGUGGUGAAGCACAUUAAUCCGCGUGCCACAGAUGCCUAUAACUUCUAUACUACUGGACAGAAUAAAAUUCAACAGGGGUAUCUGAAGGAUGGAUAUGAGUUGAUAACAGAAGCACUGAACUUGCUAAACAAUGUUUAUGGAGCUAUGCAUCCAGAAAUAGCUCAAUGCCUGCGAAUGAUAGCUAGAUUGAACUACAUUAUGGGAGAACAUGGCGAUGCUCUGGCCUACCAACAGAAAGCUGUCCUCAUGUCUGAGAGAGUCAAUGGAAUUGAUCAUCCUUACACCAUCGUAGAAUACGCUCAUUUAGCACUAUACUGCUUCGCAAACAGUCAAGUCAGUACAGCUUUGAAGUUGCUGUACAGAGCUCGAUAUUUGGCUGUUCUUAACUGUGGAGAAAACCAUCCAGAAGUAGCCUUAUUAGAUAGUAACAUAAGUCUGAUUCUACACGCGGUUGGCGAAUACGAACUGUCACUGCGCUUCCUCGAGAAGGCGUUAGCGUUGAAUAUCAAAUAUUUCGGAGCGAAAUCUUUGAAAGUGGCUGUCAGUUACCAUUUGGUUGCAAGGACGCAGAGCUGCAUGGGCAACUUCAGAUCUGCCCUGAACAACGAGAAGGAAGCUUACGCCAUUUACAAACAACAGUUGGGAGAGAAUCACGAAAAGACGAAAGAAUCAUCAGAGUGCCUGAAACACUUGACGCAACAGGCGGUGGUGCUUCAGAAAAAGAUGAACGAGAUCUACACUGGCAAGAAUGGUGCCUCAUUACCGCCUAUUCAGAUUCAACCGCCUUCUAUGGGUUCUGUGCUCGAUAUGUUGAACGUUAUCAACGGCAUCCUGUUUGUACAGAUUAGUCAAGAAGACAUUGAACACUUCAAGGCUGAAAUCGAAAAAAGGCAAAUUGAGGAAUCAUCUGAGGAGCAGACAAAGAAAGAGAUCAAAGCCCAAUAGUUUAUAUCUUUCUAUUUUCCCCUAUCAAGUUCAAAUCCUGACUGAAACGAGGAGCUAACGGAAAUGUCAAAUAAGAAUUUAGCUGAAAUUUGAAGGCAUAUAAAAAGUGUUACCAGAGGUAACUGUCGACUCAAAUCAUCACACAUGUUAGUUUAGUUGAUAUUAUACUUGCAGGAUGUUUUAUUUGAAACAAGUAAUUGGGAUAAUGUUGAAUAAUACACGGCCGAGACCCACUCCGUUAAUAUGUUUGAUUUACUUUUUUAUCUUAUCUCCUGAGGGUUGACUCUUUGUAGUGCUGCCUAUUAUUGCCUGGAUAGGCGGAACGUUGAAGUUCAAGGGUAAACUCACAUCGUUUUUAGGUUUAUAAAACCAAUCAAGCAAUGAAAUCUGAAGUUACCAGUAGAAAAAUAGUGUAGGGGAGAGUAGGAGAAAGCUUUAAGUGCAUUCUUUAUUACAAGAUGUAGGAAAGAUAGAACAUAGUUUAAUAUGUUGAAUGUUGCGGCGGCUUGCAUAUUUUUCUAGUCAGUCCGUACUAAACUGGUUUUUUGUUCAUCAGAGCCAAAGAUACCAAACUUACAGGGAGUGUACUAAUAUAGCCUUGAUUGUUGCAAUAUGUUAUUUUAGGAAAAAACAUGCAAGCUGCCAUAAAAUCAGAGUUACUAGUUGUUUUAUAUUCAUUUUGCCUCAUUGUUUUUUAUGUAGAUAUUUUUUGUAAUCAAAAAUUUAUUAAAGUUGAUUACGACUUUUGAAUCAUGUUUUUUCUUUAUUAUCCUCUGGAUUGGGCCGGCGACAGGGGGAACAAUUACUUAUAUAUCCUUAUAUACAUACAUGUUAAUAGUACAAAAUUGAUGUUUAAUUUUUUUGAGGAUGAAUAAACUGAUUAUUAGGAAAAACAACAUGGUGUAGUAUGGAUCAGCUUCACAACUUUUUUUCAGUUACCUUUGUGACAGUAAACUACCAAUAUUCGAUCCUCAAUUCUGAACUCUAAUAAAAAUUAACUAGACAUUGUUCAAGCAA